AUGGCGAGCCAAGAUACCUCAAUGGAGGAGAUCCUCUGGCGGUCUCCCCCGCACAUCCAGAUGAUGGGGGGAUUCCUUCACUCCAACAACAUUCUGUUCUACUUUGCCGAAUCACCUUUCUUUGAUUCGACCUCCAACAACGCCUCCCUCGCCAUCCAAGCCAACUACAACGAUGCCUUCCGUCAUUUCGUCGAGACGCGCGAAGCUUUCGAAGCCCGACUGAAAACAAUGCAGGGUUUGGAGUUUAUCGUUUCAUAUGACCCCCUCCAAGCAGCUGCGCAGACAGACAACCGCUUCGCCCACGAGCCGUCCAACAUCUGGGUGAUCCGCAAGCAAAACCGGCGGAAGAGGAGUGGUAUGGACGACGAGGUGACCGUGAUAUCUACAUACUUCAUUGUCGGGGACUGCAUCUACAUGGCCCCUUCAGUUGCGAGUGUAGUGGGCAACCGAAUUCUCUCAGCCGUGACAUCCUUGACCCAGCUCAUGAAAUCCGCCGCAACAUUACCAACAUUUACCGCCUCCCACGGACACACUUACUUGCCACCUGGAGUCCGCAGCAAAGAACCAGCCGGAACCAGCCAAGCUCCCCAGAGCAAAGAAGCAACACCCAUGCCAGACGUAUCCUUUCCAGCCACUGAAUCCUCCCAAUCAACCAGUAAAUCAGGCCUGGGUGGCUCAACCAUAAGCUCCAGCUAUCAACAUACGCGCAGUCUAGCGGAAUCAUUCAGCCUACUCACGCGCUACGGCGACGAAUUCAUGGACGAGAGCCCCCUCGUCGGUGAACCCGGCUCAUUCAUCUUAUCACGGACUGGCGGUGAGGCUACCGGCUCGGCUAUUAAAGGUGUGCCGAAAAUUGCUGCUAAUGCGGCGCCAACUGGUACGCCUUCUACCCUGCCUGUUAGGGCAUCGACGCCGCAGGUGCGUGUCGACACACCCGGUAAGGCUUCCGAGAAGAGUUCACCGCCUAGCUCUGCUGGUGAUAAGGGGAAGAAGAAGAAGAGCCGGAUUAUUAGCUGA